AUUUCGAAGACGAAUGUUGUAUGUAUAGGAAGUACAUUAGUUUACUGUUGCGUUUAUACUAUAAAAUACAAUAUAUAGUAAUUUUACGAUAAAUUUGACAGUUGGAUUGUAGAAUGAAUAAAUAUACUAUGAUAAUAAAACUAGUUUUAUUGGAUAAAAAAUUUAAGAUUUCUAAUAUCAAAUUUCUAUUGCGCAAUCGAUCUAGCUUCCUAUCGGCUCGAUGCCGGCUUUAUUCUGAACGUUGACGAUGCCAUCAAGUUUACCACCAUUAAAUUGGUUGGUUAGUCCACCAACCAGUUUAGACACUAGCCCCAAUAACCCAGAAAUUACUCAGACAUCCCAUGAAGAGCUCAGUUUGCCAAUUCAACCGGAUGAACUCACAAAACAGCUUGAUCUAUGGGCAAACGUCAAGUUCGACUUUGAUAGCCCAGAGAACGCAGCUGGUGGUCAAUUAGCAAGCUUAGAGGAGGACUACUCAAAAGCCUUCGGCUUUGAGGACGCAAAGUCCUACUCAAACAAGCGUCAAAAGUACGACUUUGAGGCUGCUUUAGCUGGCAUACAGUCAGCAGCUCCACCGGGUACAAUUGCACAACAGAUUGAUCCACUCAGCAAUCUCUUUAAGGAGACUCCCGCACCUGUUAUCAACUCAAAAGAAUUAGAAGCGCUCGAUGACGAGGAAGAUAACGAGGACAAGAUUAUCCGUAGAAGACGCUUUAAGAAGCUUCCUAUGCCACCUGUACAGCAACGCGAUGGUGAAACUUACGAGCAAGCCAAGAAGCGCACUGAAAAGGAGCACAAGGAUGCCGAAACCGCCGCUAAGAGAGAACUCGAAGAGGACAAGCGUCGUAGGAACACCGCUGCUAGCGCCAGAUUCAGAGUUAAGAAGAAGGCGAGGGAAGCCGCACUCGAACAAACCGCAAACGAGUACAAAGGUCGGGUUGAACAAUUAGAAAAGGAAGUUGGUGAUUUGAAGCGCGAGAAUGGUUGGCUUAGAGGUUUGAUCAUUAACUCAAACAACCGCUCAUAGAAUCUUCAAUCAAUUUACGUUCAACACUGUAAAGCUACCUAUGUAUCAACACCGCCAGCGAUUUCACUCUUUUCUUAUAAGGCCUAUACAUAUAUAGUCUUGGAAAUAACAAUAAAUAUCUCUUUGUUACGUCGAUAAGCAUCUAAAAGCCGAAUAUCAAGUCCGCUAUUUUUCCACCAAUCGUUUGUCUAUUAGGUUGACUAUCUGCUUGCUCUGGUGUGAUACCAUAUUCAUUAGUCGACUUGUUUGGCGUAUUAAACAUCGUUCUAAGUGUAGUCGUACUAGAUUGAGGUUUAGGCGAUGGUUUGAAUGCCUGAGAAGGUGGAAGUGGGGUGAGAUGCUUACUGUUAUCAAAUUGCUGCUGCUGCUGGCCCUGGAAUCCACUCUGUUGAUCAUCCGACUGGUGAGUAAGCUUAACACCCAACAUGAUACCACCAAGUUCGUCUACUCGUUUUCCUGAAAGCUUGAGUGCCCUCUGUGCAGCCAAGCUGUCAACAAAAACGACGUCUAUCCAGUUAAUACCGUCUGAAACGUUUUCAAUUGCGCCAAAUUGUGGUAUAAAGAUAUCCAUCAUUCUCGCUCUAAUAGCGUCAUUCAUACCGUAGAAUGUAACGCUACGACUUUCGAUAGGGCUUUGUUGGCGCACUGGUUGUGGUGCAUGAUGCCAUGGUGUGAGAUUGUGAAUUUGUUGAGCUGAUGGCGCACUAGUUGUAGUAUUUUGCUGAUAAACAUUCUCCUCAUCUUGUAAGAAUGUCGUCGGUGGUGCUUCCUGAUCAUCUUCAAUUGGUCUACCGUAAAGACUGCUACGCGGUGAUUUUGAAAGCGGAGUUGAA